ACAUCAUAGAGAUUAGCCUCUUUCCUUUGGUGAACCGGGACGCGAGCAUACGGGUAGCUCGUGGGCGAAAGUGGAUUUUAAGGAGUCCCAACCUUUUUUUGUUUUCGAGGUAGUCGCCUGAAGUCAUGCCCAUGUACCAGGUAAAGCCGACCAGUGGUGGUGACAUAAAGAUUGAUUUACCAACCUGCAUGUACAAGUUACCAAAUGUCCACGCGUCAAGAAGCGACUUCGGCGAGCAUGCGCAUCAGAACGGGGAAGUGGACCCGGCCAUGCAGGCGCUGGAGGCCCGGCAGGAUGAGAUCAUGCGCCGGCUCUACGAGCUGAAGGCCGCUGUGGAAGGGAUAGCCAAGACCGUGACCACGCCUGACGCAGACCUGGAUGCUACCACCAUCCCCCAGCAGGGCAGCGCCAGCACCGUGCUCACGGGAACCUCCGAUCUGGACUCGCUCCUGGGCAAGGACCCGGGCGCCCUGAGGGACCUGGUGAUAAACGCGCACCCCUCCCGGCCCCCCCUGUCCCUGCUGGUCCUGCACAGUCUGCUGUGCCAGAGGUACCGCGUCCUCUCCACCGUCCAUGUGCACUCCUCCAUCCCCGCUGUGGCCCCACCACUCCUCACCUGCCUGGGCCCCCGCCACUCCCACAGCUACGCCCGCCAGCACUUCCAGCUGGGCUUCACGCUCAUAUGGAAGGACGUGCCUAAGACACAAAUGAAGUUCAGCGUGCAGACGAUGUGCCCAGUGGAGGGGGAGGGGAACGUGGCGCGCUUCCUGUUCGGCCUGCUGUCCCCGGGGCCCCGCGAGGCGGCGGCCGCCACGCUGUCAGACGCCUGGGUCGACACGGCGCUCUUCCAGCUCUCAGAGGGCGGGGCCAAGGAGCGGGCGGCGGUCCUGCGCGCGCUCAACGCCGCUCUGGGGCGGAGCCCCUGGCUGGCGGGGGCGGAGCUCUCCCUGGCCGACAUCGUGUGCGCCUGCUGCGUGCGACAGUCCGGCUCCGCCCCCUCUGCCCCGCCCAACGUGCAGAGGUGGCUGAAGUCCUGCGAGAACCUGGGCCACUUCGGGCAAGCCUACGCCCUUAUGCACUGACCCCGCCCACAUACACCCUCACCCCCUCCCCACCCUGUUCUGCGACUCAGUAUUUCUGGUACCCAACAAAGCGAAAACUCGGUUGGCACUGGGCAAUGAUCUGAAUAUAACUCUAAUGUUGUAAGAUGUCAUCCCCCCCCUCCCCCCCACCUUGUGCCUCUAUAACCUCGUAAUAUCCGGUGUGUGUGGUGUUUUCUUUGGAAUCGGAAACCCAGCUCUCUGGUCGAGUUUCAGCAAAGGAAAAAGGGACCUGCUGCUCUGUGAAGCAGUAUGUGAACUAAUUUUGAAGCAAUUUAUUUUGUUGUUUCUUAAAAUCUAUUAAAAUUUUCAUUUUGAACUU